UGAAGUGAAGUCAGUAUCUGUUCAGCAGUGGGAGCGGCAGGUUCGCUUUCGCGGUUGAUCGGGUACGCCAUCGUGGAUUGUGUAAAUAUUUGUUUCCUGAAAACCCUAUGAUUUUGUUUAUAGAUAUACAGCGUGGCCUCCCGAGAGAUAAAAUAGUAACAGGAUGUUUGUUAACGUAGUGAACGAAAGAAACAGCGAGGUAAUUUAUAGAAAUGUAAGACUACCUAUCAUAUCAGUGAUUACUCGUAAGUUGUGAUGUGAAGAAGGAUGUUGCCUGCUACUGAAGGAAAUAUAAAUGACAUAUUUAGACAUCCUUACUUCUUGAUAAUGUGACGUCACUGACUUAUGAUUUGUAGGGAAAAGUGAAGUUAUACAUCACUGAUAUUUAUUGUUGGCAGUGACACGAGUAGUACUAAAGCAAGGGGAAGGUGACAUCAAAAGAGUUACGUCAUUAAUCGUUAGCUCUUUUAAGGGGGCAGUGAUGUCGAAGUGAUUUCAGUUCAUUUUUCGGACGAAGCAGUCAGGGGAUGCUGUCAUUCAUGCGUGUGAAGUAGUGAUGUCAAAAAACAUGUAUUCAGAGACCUGCUUUCCAAAAAUGCUGAAUCUAAGAACUAAAUCACGUUGUCGUGUGUGUCAAAGGGAAUGACACUAUCCAAGUGAGACGCGACUACCGUAGGAAACCGAGCACUCCUUACCGGCCGUCACCAUGCAGACGGCCUACGCUCGUAUGGUGUAUGAGAGGCAGGCGAGGGAACAACGGAGGGGCGCCGCCGAAGGACAUCGCCAAACGUCCACUUUCAAGACAAUUCUGAAGGACGCCUGCAGGCGCCUGAUUGCUUUUCUCUUCACUCAGGUGGGCGUCUGCGGGCUCGUUGUUGCCUACAACAUCCUGGGCGCGUUCGCCUUCAGGGUUAUCGAGGGGGAGAUGGGCGACCCCAGGCCGGAGGAAACGGCUAAGGAGCUCCGGGAACAAAUGGUCCACCGUCUCUGGAACGUGACGCUUCGCCUCAACGUCCUGGAGGAGACGCAGUGGCGCGAGGAGGUCGUGGUGGCCUUACAAGAGUACCAGGAGUUUGUGGUGCCCCUGAUUAAGACCAAAGGAUACAGAGGCGUGUACCCGAAAGAGACCUGGUCUUUCAGCGCAGCUCUUAUGUAUUCGCUCAGUGUUUAUACAACUAUAGGCUAUGGCAAUUUGGCGCCGCGGACGGAGUUGGGCAAGAUAACGACCAUUCUGUAUGCCAUCGUGGGUAUGCCCCUCAUGCUGCUCUACAUGUCAAACGUGGGAGAGAUACUGGCCAAUAUCUUCAAAUUCAUUUACUUUAGAGCUUGCAGAUGCGACAUUGGGUCACUGGGUUACUACAGAACUGCCAGUGGGACCAUCCGUCCUGUGACCGUCUCACAAAACGUAAGGAUGAAUGGUCAGGCUGGUGGGGCAUCUAAGGGGCAAAGUGACGAAUCCUCCCCUCGGAGAACGAUCCCGAUAACGUGGUGCCUCUUGGUCAUCGCGAUCUACGUGGGCAUCGGUGGUCUUAUCUUUGCGCAAUGGGAGAGGUGGUCCGUCCUGGAUGCCUGCUAUUUCUCGUACAUCUCUCUCAGCACCAUAGGGUUUGGAGACUUGGUUCCUGGAAAGACUGUAGAGGGCGAGAACGACGACCAGGAGGUUGAGUCCCAACAAAUCAUUUGUACAGUCUACCUCCUGGUGGGGAGCGCCCUUGUAGCCAUGUGUUUCAACCUGAUGCAGGAGGAGACGAUAGAGAAUCUCAAGGCCUUCUGGAGGAACUUGGGUUGUCUGAGGAAGAAAAAGACAAGAAAAAUAUCUGUACAAGAUGGCCAUGAAAGAACUGCUCGUUACGAUGGUGAUGGAUGAAUGGGAACCCAUAGUGUAAUGGCAUAUAUCUCCUAAUGGUGUCACUUUCAGGGAUCAAAACUGUAAUUGUGAUUAUGUAGCGUGUCAGAUUUCAAGUAGCAUGGUCUGGUUGGCAAUGAAAAAAUGGAGAAAAGAAAGCAAGUGAAAUUUGAAGUAAAGAUGAUGUAACAACUUCUUUUUCUUGGUAGUAGUAAUGUCUGAAGGGAUGAAAUUUUGGAAACUCCCAGAAGAAAUUAGUGUAAGUACAAUUUAUAAACAUGUUAAACUGAAUUAUAGUAAAGAAAGCCUGAAAAUAAUUUGUGAUCACCCAGAGUGUGGCCUAAUCUGAAUAUAAACAAGGAUUACCAACAAUCAUGUAUAGAUUAUUUUUUAAAUAAGGGAACUUGAUUGAGGAACGAGGCUCGGAAUAAUUAUCUGUAUGAUUUUGACUAGAUUUUAGCUUCUAACGAAAAUCCCAACAAAAAUAAGACUGAGAACUCCUUAGAUGCAGGGUGGUGAAUGAACAGCUGUGAAUAGAACUUUAAUACAAAGAAAUUAUCAAGAAAUGUGCACACAGUCACCAUUUUACUGUAAAUACUGUGAGAAUUUCACAGCAUUGUCUGAAUCGUAUCUGACAAAUUCAUGCAUUUCUACAGUAGAAAUACUGCUGAUUAGUGUUUUAUGUCUCGAUGUAUUGAUGUAUAUCAGUAUGAAACUGUAAAUCAAAAAAGCAACCUCUUUCCUAGAGAAGAAAAUACUUUGAUUCAUAAUAAUAAUAUAAUAUACAUAGACAUUGUUUAUCUGACCAACACUCUGAGGGAGGAGGUGCUUUUGUAAGGAAGUGGAAACUUCCUCUCUCGUGGAACAAUCGAACACCAUCAGGCCCAGGUAUAAGUUGAGCCACGUAAGGUCUAUUCCUUACUCCUUUUAUUGAUAUCAAAACAGAAUAAAUUUGUUUUAUUGAUACAAAAACAACUUGGCAAUUUGCUUUUCAAAGUGAUUCUCUCUAC